AUGAUGGUCGCGAGAGUUGGCGAACAUGACGUCCGGAGCAGGAAAUGUCUGUCCGACAUAUACAUCAGCAGCGACUUCAACAAGCCCAUGGCGGCGUUCAUAGCAGGACGCAGCGCACCCGCUGGCAAGCGCAUGGGACACGCGGGUGCCGUUAUUACCGGCAGAGCCGCCCGCGCCGAGGAGAAGGAGAAGGCGCUCGCCGCAGCGGGAGUCGCCAUAGUCCCCGGUCCCGGCGAAAUCGGCUACACCUUCCAGCAGGUCAUCAACGCAUAA